UAUUCUCUUAUAAUAAAAUAUAUGGAUAUGAUUUAUAUGGUUCUAUUCUCUCUACACUAUGGGAACACAAAACACCUCUCCCUCACAAAGGUAAAAGCCAAAACCAAAAUGGAGGGAGUAGCUGACAUACCGCCACCGCCCCUGCCGGAACCCACUUCCGGCCGCCGCCAUCUCCGCUGCACAUCAUUUGAAAUCCUCAAUUCCGAUGCCUUUGCCAUAUUCUUCCUCAUCGUUUCUCUGUGUUUCAUCUUCGUUUUCACAGUUUGUCCAUUUUACUCUUUCAGUUUCCAUUUCUCUAAGGCCCAUUCUGCGAGGAAGAGCUUGGACUUCCUCAGUGUGGCCCUGGUCCUCUUCGCCAUUGCCUGUGGACUUCUGAGCAGAAACAAUGGCGAAGACAGAGUUCAUGAAGAAGUUUACAGAGCCACUUCGAAUGUAUCGGAACAGAAUCAGAAGUCAAACCCAUCAAUCCCAAAUCAGUGGCGAGGCUAUUCAGAUCGGACGGACCAGAUUCUCCUCCCCCAUUCUCCGGGGUCGCCGGAAUUGAAUACUGGAGGCUCUCCGGCAAUCCUUAUAUGACCUUAUCAAUCUCCGAGUUUAGAUUCUCUUCAGCAUUGUGGAAAUUUGCAGGGAUUUGAAGAGGAAUUGGGUAUUGAGAGAGGGGCUAGAGCCACAUUUUCUGUUCAUGAAGAAGAAAUUUCUUAUUCGUCUUCGGCUCUGCAUCAGUUCUCUGUUCCGCCAUUAAUGACACCUCCUCAACYUUUUUCGCCGCCGCCGCCGCGUGCGGUGGUUGCAGCAGAGGUGGAGCGAGUAAAUGAAGGGGAUGAAAAUUUAGAACCACCGCUCCUCCGACUGGAUUUUCAGGCAUCGGAAGAUGAAAUAAGCAAAAAUGAGAAACAGAGAGAGGCCGAUGAGGAAGAAUCAAGGAGGAAGAAGAAGAACAAGAAGAAGAAGAAGAAGACGAAGCAAAGGCAAAAGGGUGUUGAGAAUUUCAACGAUUUGCUCACCCCACAAUAUCACCAUCGGAAUUCAUCUCCGCCACCGGCGGCGGUCCAUCACUUUCAAAUUUCCAGUAAUAUCGGCGAAACAAGAAAAGAGUACCCAGCUCCACCGCAGUCGCCGCCGCAAAAACACAUCGCUGAAAGAACCCAUAAUAGCACCGGCGGGCAAGCGCCACCGCCGGUUCCGGUAGCUCCGCCGUACACGGCGGCGGAGUUGUGGACGGUAACGAAUGGGGAAUAUCUAGGGAGAAGAAACGAAAAUUCAGAGAGAAAGAGUCCGAUGUUUUGUCCAAGUCCGGACGUGAACAGUAAAGCUGAUAGCUUCAUCGAAAGAUUCAGAGAGGGUCUGAAAUUGGAGAGGAUGAACUCAAUCAAGGAGCGGCAGAGGACGAAGAGGACAUCCAUUCUGGGCCGUGAGGGCCCAGAACUGUAAGAUGACUCGGCCCAAGUUAAAUUCUAAUUAAUUAAUUAAUUUCUUUAUUUGUUUAUUAGUGCCUAAAUAUAUAAUUAUUU